AUGCCGAGGGAGUUGUUUGUGUUGUUGUCCGCUGGUCUCCCGGGGCAACUUCGCAGCCCUGCCUCAGCGCACGAUGACCUACCGAGUUCAGUUGACAAACCGACGAUUUACGCACUCUCGACGGCGCCUGGGAAAGCGGGUGUUGCCAUCAUUCGGAUAUCUGGGUCUGGCUCUUCACAGGUGCUGCGAAAUCUCCUUUUCAAACCUUCACUCUUCCCAAAAGCCCGCUACGGCGCCCUCCGCGGCCUCUUCCACCCCAGAACUCGGGACCUCCUCGACAAAGCCCUCGUCCUAUACUUCCCCAGUCCGGCCUCCUUCACGGGUGAGGAUAUCAUCGAACUACACACCCACGGCGGGAACGCCGUCGUGCGUGCUGUGCUGGAAGCCAUUGGAUCAUCACACAACCUCUCCUCCUCCUCGGCCGCUGAUGGGGAGAACACAAAGCCGUUGAACGUACGAUACGCAGAGGCAGGCGAGUUUGCGCGUAGGGCGUUCGAUAACGGUCGACUGGACUUGACCGAGGCAGAAGGACUAGCAGACCUAAUCAACGCCGAAACCACCACCCAACUUCGCUCCGCCCUCCGCCAAGCCGGCGGCGCCCUAAAAGACCUCUACGACACCUGGCGCACAUCCCUCCUCCACUCCCGUGCCCUCCUCGAAGCCAUCAUCGAUUUCGGCGAAGACGAAGGGAUCGAGGAUGGGAUUUACGAGCAAGUUGUCGAGAAGGUGGUGGAGUUACGGGGGGAGCUGGAAAGGCAUUUGGAGAGGAGUGUUAGGGGGGAGUUGUUGAGGAAUGGAGUCCAUUUGACGAUUUUUGGGCCGCCGAAUGCAGGGAAGAGUAGUUUGUUGAAUAGGCUUGCGUCACGGUCUGUUUCGAUUGUAUCUCCUCACGCUGGUACGACGAGGGAUAUCAUUGAGUCUACGAUUGAUAUCGGCGGAUACCCUGUUAUUGUCGGCGACACGGCUGGAAUCAGGGAAGGCGAGGACGUGGGCGAAGUCGAAAUGGAGGGUGUCAAGCGCGCACGAGAGAGGGUUUCGAGCGGUGACUUGGGUGUCUGCGUCCUCGAUCUAACAACAACCCACCAGCACGGCACCGUCCACAUCGCGGACGAAAUCCUCCAACACCUCCCCAUACGAACAGGCAACUCACGACCGACCAUUCUUCUGUUGAAUAAGAUUGACCUGCAGGGGACUGGGAGUGGGAGCAGUAUGGAAGAGUUGAGAAAAGAAUACGCAAAGGCCACAGGAAUCGGAACGGAGCGCAUUUUCUUCUCCACCCUCAAAGACAAAACAGGAACAGGCAUCGACGAGUUCACCUCCGGCCUCAUCCAAACCCUCAAAUCCAUGACAGACAUCGGCACAACCGACGUCGUCGGCACGAACGAACGUCACCGCACCCUCGUCGCUGAAUGUAUCUCCCACCUCGACAAUUUCAUGAAACUUCGGGAAGAGGCCGAGACGAGAGGGGAAGGUGCGGAUAUCGUGUUGGGGGCGGAGGAGGUGAGGUAUGCGGCUGAUGCGCUGGGAAAGAUUUGUGGGAGGGUUGAUGUGGAGGAGGUGUUGGGGGUUGUGUUUGGGCAGUUUUGUGUCGGGAAGUAA